AUGGGCAGUACUAUUUCUAACAAGAUGGCGAUCAUCUUCGCCAUACUGUGUAUCUUGAGUACGGUUGCUGAUGCCAGAACCCCUGAUGAUAAACUCUGUUCCACUGAUGAUGACUGCAGGACUCCUUUCUCCUUCUGUGUUAAUAGCUUCUGAGAGCACAAGGAUGUGUUUCCUAUUGAAUGGCAGGAAAUAAUCGGAGUUUUCAUUAUCUUUAUCACCAUAUCCCUUGGAAAUGCAGUAGGUAUCGGUGGAGGUGCCAUUAUUGUCACUGUGGGAACUACCUUGUUCUACUUUACCAUCAGACAGUCUGUUGCUGUUGCAACUGUGGUGAUCUUCUUCGCUAUGAUUUCCGGAUACAUUCAGAAUUUCCAUGCAAGACACCCCUUGAAGAAUGCUACAUUGGUAGAUUAUGGAAUUGUACAGUGCCAAAUGCCCUUGAUUGCACUUGGUACUUUCAUCGGAGCUACUGUGAGUGAGGCAAUCCCUUCAACUGUUAUCUUCAUUUUGCUCUUCUUAACUUUGCUAUACGCCACCUACCACACAUUUGCACUAGCAAUUUCAACCAGCCAAAAGGAGGAAAGACUCAACGUAGAAAGGAAAGAAAUCGGAGUAGCCAAAAGAGUUGAUGCCAUGCUCAGAAAAGAUGAGAGAGGAGAGGAUGUCAUCCCAGCUGUUUCAAACGGAGAAGCCCAAGUUCCCUUCAUGGAUGAUGCUCCAGCACAUGUUAGAGAGUCCUUUGUUUCAGUAGUUUCAGAAUCUGAAAAUAUCACUAUCGAUGGAGAAGUCGUCAGGCCAGAAGUCAAAUUUGAUGAUGAUGAUAUUGAUAAAAGAGACUUAAUACACUGAAUAGGAGCUGCCAGAGCUGUAUACACCCCUGAAGAGAUCAACCCUGUCCUUGAAAAGAUAUUCCAUGGAGAGAGAAGCCACUUUACACUUGACAAAGGGAUCUUAGUACUAGUGCCCUGGGGAUCCAUUGUGCUGAUCAGUUUAUUCAGAGGCUCUCAAAAUUUUAAGUCAGUUAUCGGAGUUACUAGAUGCAACUUCAUGGACUUUUUCUUAAUCUUCAUGGAAAUUCUAAUCCUUGGAUUUUUCGCUCUGAUCAACAUUGUUUUGCUUAAAAGAAGCCAUGCAGAAAAGAAAGCUUACGGAUACAAAUUUGUUAGAGGAGAUCUCAUGUGGAACAACGAAACUAUCUUUGCAUUCGGAAUCCUCGCCAUUGUCGGUGCUCUUGUUGGAGGCCUUGUUGGUCUGAGCACAGAGGUUCUGUUUACUCCAUUCUAUAUCCAAUUUGGAGCUCCACCUUCAGCUGCUGGAGUGACCUCCCAAUUCCUUGGAAUCUUUGCCACAUUGGGAGCAGCCACAGUUUACGCAUUCAACGGAUAUAUCUUAUGGGGACAUGCAAUUUGGCUCGGAUUUGUCGGUGCAGUCGCCACACUAGUGGGAAGUUAUGAAGUUGGCAGAUACUUUGGAAAAAUCAACAAAGCUUCCUUCCCUAUCUUCGUCAUCGCCAUUCUCGUUGCUGCAAGCUUAAUCGCUGAAGGAAUCACAGGAGUUGUUAGAACCAUCAGAAGGAACAAUGAUGGAGAAGAUAUCUGGGCAAUUGGAGCGUUUUGUCCUUAAAGUUUGGAAUCAUAAAUUUUGUAGAAACCUUUUUAA